AUGGCGACGGUAUCUUCGAACGCGAACAGCCACACAAACGAACAACGCAUACGCGAAUUGAAACAACAGAGACGCGCAUUUAAGGGUCAGAUCACGAAAUUCCGAAAAUAUUUAGGACGGGUUGAAAAUACGCCAAAGAAUCGGUAUAAACUCCGUUAUAGGAUACAUCGAAUGAGAAACCAAUUCGAAACUUUCAAUAAAAUUCAAGACGAACUCGCGGUCAUAGACAAUUACGACGAAGUCGAAGCGGAACGCGACACUACCACCGAUCAGUUCGACGACGUAAUAGCAGAGGCGGACGUCCUAUUUGACACGCUCAAAAAGGACGCCGCACCUUCUACACCCGCGAGCCUUACAACCGAUGCAUCGACGAAAUCUCCGGCAUCCCCGACAUUGUGUUCCAUUCCAGUCAAUCUACCGAAGAUUGACUUACCGAAAUUCGACGGCCGAAUAGAAACCUGGGUCACAUUUAAGGAUGCGUUUCAAACGCUUAUCCAUACGCAACCAGGUUUGUCCAAAAUUCAAAAACUGAAUUAUCUCCGGUUAUCGUUAAAUGGAAGGGCCGCGGACGCGAUCGACACAUUUUCGAUAACAGAAGACAAUUAUGACGUCGCGUGGACGCAUCUAAACGAAAUCUACAACAACAAGCGGGUACUCAUUCUCCGUCACACUGCGCUCUUCCGCGACACCCCCGCGAUGAACGACGAUUCAUCGGAAUCGAUUCGCGACCUCGUGAAUCACAUGCAAUCACACGUCCGGUCACUGCAAGCCUUCGGUCGCAAUUUAUCCGACGACGACAUUGGAAACGAUUUUCUGUGCAGCGUGGUUAUCUCAAAAAUGGGCUGGGUAACACGCAAGGCUUGGGAACGAACCCUUAAAAACACGGACGCACCAAAAAUCGGGGACAUUUUUACAUUUUUACAUCUUGCGUCCCACCAAUCAAAAGAUUACGCAUCAACAUACACACCACGAACAAGACAGAACUAUACGAACGCGACCGUCACGAAACCGCGACCAAUGACGCGAUCACAACACAGCCGUCCUCAUACGCCCCACGCCACUCAAUCUCAACGGCGUCAAACGUACGCGAUGACAGUCUCUGCCAAUCCUGAGCGAAGAACGCCGACCUCGACGCCGCGAUCGUCUCCGCCGGUGACUCCUCGAUCGUCACCGCCGUCUACGCCACUGCCGCCGUCGCCUAGAUUACGUCGACGACAAGGGUAG